CUUCUCUCCAUUGACUCGAUUCUCUUCGCGGAGUCACCGUAUGCGGUGAUAUCCUCCUUCUCUCCAACCCUAAUACAUUCAUUCUACUUCCCGCGGGUUUCGCAGGAAGGCCAGCAAUUGCCACCAUGGCCCCUAUUGCAACUGCUGGAGAGGCUGUGGCGAGAAUCGCCUACUUGGCUAGCGAUGUCAUCCUCUCUGUUCAGCCCUCCCUUCAGGCUGAUUCGUGGUUCACAAAGACCCUCAAGGCUUUGAGGGCUAGCAAUGUUCGUAGCAUUGCGCCUGAAGGUGUCCCCGAGGUGGUUUCUGUUCGCUACAAUGAGGACCCCCUGCUCUCUGCUUUCCACCCUCUGCAGAAUGGAAGCCUUGUGUCCGCCGUGACUAGCUCCUCUACUCUGCUUACUUCCAUCCCCCAUCUCUACCGCCUGGCGAACUCUCCUAUUGUCAUCCACGUCGCUUUGGAACCGUAUCCUUUCCCAGACUACUCCGUCAUUAGCUCUAUCCGGCAAUGCGGCUUCACAUUUUUGCACUCGGAGACACUGCAGGAGGCCCAGGAUAUGGCUAUUACGGCCCAUGCGCUGGCUCGCAAGUCUGGAAAGGGUGUUAUCCACUUUUUCGACCCCGCUAAUUCCGCGAACGACGAUGCCAUUGAGCAGGAGAACAUAACGGUCUUCCGAAUUCUCCUUGACUCCAGUGCCAACACCGUUGCACAUGCUGCUGGGCACGGUGUUGAUACUUUGUACACUGAUUCGGGCCGUGUUGCUACAGUCACCGAGGAGGCAGCGGAGGCCUCUGCGGGCGCCGCAGUUGAGUCCUCUGCUACUCUCGCCCUUCCUUCCCAGACCCCCUCCAGCCUUAGUGUCGAUAACUCGUCUGUGGGAUCUUCGAAGCGUGAUAGCAGUGUGGAUACCCGUGCUACCAGCUCAGCUGCUACCACAAUCGACGCUGUCUCCGUGCGACCCGUCAGCGCCGCUGAUAUCUUUGCAUGGACUAGCCAGAUCUGGAGAGUCUUGUCUGAGAACGUGGGGCGUACCUACCGUGCCAUCGAAUACACUGGUCCUGCUGAUGCUAAAUCUGCUAUCUUUGUCUUUGGCUCGACCGGCCUGUUCGUUGAUGUUCUCGGAAAGGAGGAGGUUGCUCCUGAACUUGCUAGCGUUGGGUUGAUCACUGCUCGUCUGUAUCGUCCCUGGGUGGGUUCCGAGAUUGUUAACUCUAUUCCCAACUCGAUCGAAAAAAUUGCCGUUCUGGAACAGGUCCGCAAGACCACCAAGUGGGGUCCUUCCUUUAUGGACCUCCUGUCGAGCUUGACCCCCGCUGCCGCUGGGGGACGGAGCCCACAAAUCGUUGGUUAUCGACUUGGCUACGUUGAGCCCUCCACUGCUGUUCAGGCUCUCCGCGGUAUUGUUCAAAACUUGACUUCUCCUGCUCCUAUCCAGAAUCUUGAGAUUGGCAGUGGCAAGGUCCCCACCCUUCAGACCGGUCUUGAGCAGCCUCGCGUCGAGGAUGCUUACGUCAAGAUUCUUAACCAACUCUUUGGUGAGCGUCUGCACGUUGCCAACCAGCUCGGCGCUAAAAACGCCGGGGUUUCCUCCACCAUUUCCGCAAGCCCGGAAUAUGGCUUCGGUUCCUUGAUUGCUCGGAUGGAGCAUCGCCAGCGAUUCAUUCGUGAGGUAGAGGAGGCCUCAAAGUCGGACACCUUUGCUACUAACGUUCCUAAGACCUGGCUUGCUAACUGGGCUUUGAACGCCAAUGACGCUACCAAGGCGAACAAGCUGGCUCCUGAUGUUAUUGCCCGCCUUUCUAACGAUGGAUCCAAGCUGGCUAGACAGCUGCUGGAGUCCAAGAAGCUCUUCUUUGACGAGUCCCGCUGGUUGAUUGGCUCUGAUGCCUGGUCCUAUGAUCUCGGAAACUCUGGCGUCCACCAUGUCCUUGCUUCCGGAGCUGAUGUUAACAUGCUUAUCAUCGAUUCCCAGCCUUACUCUGAGCGUACCGCUGCCGACCCAACUCGCAGAAAGAAGGAUAUUGGUCUGUACGCCAUGAACUUCGGCAACGCCUACGUGGCCUCCGUUGCAGUCUACAGUUCCUACACUCAGGUUCUGCAGGCCAUGGCUGAAGCUGAGCAGUUCAAGGGUCCCUCUAUUGUUGUCGCCUACUUGCCUUACCAUCAGGAGAAUGACUCCGCCCUUACCGUUCUUCAGGAGACGAAGAAGGCUGUUGAUCUUGGAUACUGGCCUCUGUACCGCUGGAACCCUGCCAACGAGGACCGCGGUGAGGCUAAGUUCGCCCUGGACUCUGAGCGCAUCAAGCGUGAGCUCGAGGAGUUCCUUCGUCGUGACAACCAACUUACUCAGCUCAUGAACCGCCAGCCCAAGUACGCCUCGGUCCUGUCCGAGUCUUACGGCACUGAAGUCCGCUCCCUUCAAAAGCGCAAAGCCAAGGACUCCUACGAGAAGCUGUUGGAAGGCCUGUUCGGUGCUCCCUUGACCAUCCUUUACGCUUCCGAUAACAGCAAUGCUACCACCCUCGCCAAUCGUCUAGGCAACCGUGGCCGUGCCCGCGGUCUGAAGACCAUGGUCAUGGCUAUGGACGACUACCCAGCUGAGGAUUUGGCUACUGAGGAGAACAUCGUUUUCGUUACUAGUACAGCCGGUCAGGGAGAGUUCCCCCAGAACGGCCGCACCUUGUGGGAAUUUGUCAAGAACUCUGGCGAUCUGGACCUGUCUACCAUCAACUACUCUGUCUUCGGUCUUGGUGAUAGCCACUACUGGCCACGUAAGGAGGACAAGAUCUAUUACAACAAGCCCGCCAAGGACCUCGAUGCCCGUAUUGCCUUCCUUGGUGGCCGCAAGCUUGCCGAUAUUGGUCUCGGUGAUGACCAGGAUCCGGAUGGUUUCCAGACUGGUUACUCCGACUGGGAGCCCCGACUCUGGCAGGCUCUUGGUGUGGACAAGGUUGAGGGCCUUCCCGAGGAGCCCGCUCCACUGACCAACGAGGAUAUCAAGAUUCAGUCCAACUACCUGCGUGGUACCAUCGCCGAGGGCUUACUGGAUGAAAGCACUGGUGCUAUCUCUGCCAGCGACCAGCAGCUGACCAAGUUUCACGGUACCUACAUGCAGGAUGAUCGUGAUAUCCGCGAUGAGCGUAAAGCUCAGGGUCUGGAGCCCGCGUACAGCUUUAUGAUCCGUUGUCGUCUUCCCAGUGGUGUCGCUACUCCCUCUCAGUGGCUGCAAAUGGAUGCCAUCAGCAGCGCCUAUGGUAAUGAGACCAUGAAGCUAACCACCAGACAAACCUUCCAAUUCCACGGUGUUAUUAAGCGUAACCUCCGCUCUGCGAUGCGCGCUAUCAACAAGUCCUUGAUGACCACUAUUGCCGCAUGUGGUGAUGUUAACCGUAACGUCAUGUGCAGUUCCCUGCCCGAAGUCUCCUACUACCACCGUGAAGUGCAUGCUGUGUCGCAAAAGAUCAGUGACCACCUCCUCCCCUCCACAACUGCCUACCACGAGAUCUGGCUCAAGGAUGAGAAUGACAACAAGGUUCAAGUCGCUGGUGACGCCAUCGUUGACCAUGAGCCUUUGUAUGGACCCACCUACCUUCCUCGCAAGUUCAAGAUCACCAUCGCCAUUCCUCCUCAUAACGACACCGACGUUUAUGCCCACGAUAUCGGCUUGAUUGCCAUCAAGGGGACCGAUGGCCACCUGGAAGGAUUUAACAUCCUUGCCGGUGGUGGUAUGGGUACCACUCACAACAACAAGAAGACAUAUCCUCAGACCGGUCGCAUGUUCGGUUAUGUUCCCGCUGCCGAGGCUCACAUUGUCUGUGAGAAGAUCAUGCUCGUCCAGCGUGAUUUCGGCGACCGCAAGAACCGCAAGCACGCUCGUCUCAAGUACACAAUUGAUGACCUGACUGUCGAGGGUUUCAAGGAGAAGGUCGAGGCUCUUCUUCCUGAGGGCCUGCGCUUCGCUGAGCCCCGUCCUUUCAAGUUCGACUCCAACGUUGACACCUUUGGUUGGCUGAAGGACGAGAAGGGUCUCAACCACUUCACCUUCUUCAUUGAGAACGGACGUAUCGAGGAUACCGCGGAGUUCCAGAUGCGUACCGGUCUGCGCGAGCUUGCCGCUCUUGACAAGGGCGAAUUUCGUCUCACUGGUAACCAGCACUUGAUCAUCUCCAACGUCAAGGACGAGGACCUCCCCGAGAUUAAGGAACUGAUGGCCAAAUACAAGCUCGACAACACCUCCUUCAGCGGCAUGCGUCUUUCUUCUUCUGCCUGCGUUGCUUUCCCCACCUGUGGCCUGGCCAUGGCCGAAUCCGAGCGCUAUCUCCCCGUGCUUAUCUCCAAGCUUGAGUCUACCCUUGAAGAAGUUGGCCUUGCUCGCGACAGCAUUGUCAUGCGUAUGACCGGUUGCCCUAACGGUUGCGCCAGACCCUGGCUCGCCGAGGCUGCCUUCGUUGGUAAGGCCUAUGGUGCUUACAACAUGUACCUGGGUGGUGGAUACCAUGGUCAGCGUCUGAACAAGCUGUACCGCUCAUCCAUCAAGGAGGACGAGAUCCUCGACAUUAUGAAGGGCCUUCUCAGACGGUACGCCCUUGAGCGCAACACCGACGGCGAGGUCCCCGAGCGAUUCGGUGACUGGUGUAUCCGUGCUGGGGUUAUCAAGGAGACUACCGACGGACGCAACUUCCACGAAGGUGUUGCCGAGGAAGACGAGGAGGAGUAAAUAUCAGACGACGCUGCGGGAUUAUGAGAUUCUUUUCUUGUCUAUGUUAACGAUUACAUUUUGCUGUGAAGAUAUUGAAUUUCUGUUUCUGAUAAUGAUUUGACUUGUUG